AACAGGUGGCUGCAAUGUGAAGCUAACUUCACAGCAACUGGUUUAACUUGUUUUAACUCUGCAACCUUAAAAAAAUAGAUAACUUUUUACUCAUAACAUUGUAGGCUCUCAUUAAGGAAGAAAAUUUGGUGAACUGGUCCUCUUAAAUUAUAAAUAAAGAAUAAUCUAUGAUGGAGCAAUGCAAUACUUAAUAUUUUAGUAAGGGACUGCUAACUUAAAAAUGCAAAGUAAAAAAUUUACUGCAGUGCAUAAUUGGUAAUUUCCAUAUGGAUCGUUUUCUACUGAUGGGGAGGAAAUUAUUGCAAUUCUGUAUAAUCCUUUUCUGAAAUAUCAUUUUAUUACAAUAAUUUUAAUAUCACAACUGCUCUCAGUGUGGAUUUGAUUUCAGUCUGGCCUACAAAUACUUUUUUUUUAUCCCCUUCUCAAAUUUUAAUCUAGAGGGGAAAGAAAAUCAGAAGACUAUUGAAACAGAUUUCUUGUGUGUAUGGGUGAAAAAUCAGCUUGCAAAGGGACCUUGUAAAAACUCCAUGAAAAUCGAAGAUCUCAUUUGACUUUAGUGGGCUUUGGUUCAAGCCCUAAAUCCUGGUGUUGUGUAAAAUAAGUAUUUUUAACGUAGAUGAAACAGGAUUAUUCAGAAAGUGAGGAAAUAGCAGGAGUAAAGAUUACAGUAGUUUAGCUUAGUUAUUUUGCUUUGGAAAUGCAGCAUAAUGGAAAGUGUGAAUAUGUUCCAAUUUGCUGUUAGUUAAAUUAAAAGCUCUGCAGCAUUAUGUUGGGAUGUGUAGGCUAUGAAGCCUUUUGUUUUAACCUAUACAGUAUUUUCUUUUAGUAUUGUUUUAAUUGUGGCUGUAGUAUGGAGGAUCACAGAAAAAGCAAUACGAAUACACCAAUGGAAUUAGGACAAACAUUGUAUCUGUAUAAUGUUGUUUAAACUCCUUGAGACUUUUCCUAUGAAAGCAGCUUUGUUUAUCAAAAUAUGCAAUAAUAAGCACAUUAUGAAAAUUAUUAUUUUCCUGUGUUGGUUUAAAGACCCGAUGAGAUUCAUGGAGCUCCGAAUUUGAUGGACAGUACUUUUCUUCUUCUUGCAGUCACCCCAAGCAGGCACAAAAGAAAAGACUCUGUGUUGUUGGCUUUGUACCUCAGGCCCAAUAUCUUUAAGUGCCAAAAUUGAAAGAAAGGGCUACACCCCAGGUGAAUCAAUUCAGAUCUUUGCUGAGAUUGAGAAUUGCUCUUCCCGGAUGGUAGUGCCAAAGGCAACCAUUUACCAAACGCAGGCAUUCUAUGCCAAAGGGAAAAUGAAGGAAGUCAGACAGCUUGUUGCCAACCUCCGUGGGGAAUCCUUGUCAUCUGGCAAAACAGAAACCUGGAAUGGCAAACAGCUGAAAAUUCCACCUGUUUCCCCUUCAAUCCUUGACUGUAGUAUAAUCCGUGUGGAGUAUUCACUGAUGGUAUAUGUUGAUAUUCCAGGAGCUGUGGAUUUGUUCCUUAACUUGCCACUAGUCAUUGGUACCAUCCCUCUACAUCCAUUUGGUAGCAGAACAUCAAGCGUAAGCAGCCAGGGUAGCAUGAACAUGAACUGGCUUGGUCUGACUCUGCCUGAAAGACUAGAAGCACCUCCUAGCUAUGCAGAAGUGGUCACAGAGGAAAACAGACAGUCUGGCCUUGCACCUGUAGCUGGUUUUGAUGAUUUUCAGAGAGCACUGCAAGGACCAUUAUUUGCAUACAUCCAGGAGUUUCGUUUUCUGCCUCCUCCCCUAUAUUCAGAAAUUGAUCCAAACCCAGAUCAGCCCACAGAUGAGAUACCGUCUUGCCCCUCUCAUUGAAGGAAUCCAUAAAAAGCUGACUUGACUUGGGUUUUGAAUCACACCUUCUGUGUUGGAGAUCAAAGUGUCAUAGUGGAGACUUGCUUUUAAAGGAAAUGGUAUUGCUCUUGCCUGUAUGGUGAAUAAAUGAAAAGAACCUGUGAUCAUGCUUUGACACCUACAGGACAUCAUAGGACUGCUCCACAUGCUUGAAAACCUGCGUCCCCCUCCAUUAAAUAGUGGCACAUACUAGGAACAGCCUUAUUAGUGUGCAGUCAGGUGUUUCAAAACACUCAGACCAUGUUAUAAUGUUGUAAGAGAGGAAUGGCUGCUUUCUAUGAUUCUAUGAAAAUUUGCACAUGCUCAUUACUUGUGUUAUACAGUUAAGUGUCAUUACAACUUAUUCUCAUUUGUGAUGGACUGUUGUUACCAACCCCUCCCCAAUUGUUUGUGAUCUGCACAACAAGGAACAAAAGACAGCCUUACAAGAAAAAAAAAAAAAAAAAAAAAAAAAAAAAAAAAAAUAAA